UUACAGUUGGUAUCAGAGCACAGUGUUUUAGGUUCUGUAGACUGACCUACGAUGUAAGUCAUUUUUUUUGUUUUGGUUUUACUUCACCCUAUGGCUAUACGGUCCUUCGGCACUCGCCAGGUAUGUCUAAAGCCUUGCUAAUGUUAAGAUUACAAUUUUGCCUGAAUAGUCUAAGACCUAGAUAUAGGGUGUUAAGUUCUUGUGGUGAAAAGUUUGUUGGUGAAUUUUAGGGAGAAUGCCGCCACGUAGGGGUGCACGCCGAGGAGGUGGUAGGGGAGGCAGAGGAGCCGGUCGUGGCCAGCCGGAGGCGCCACCUGUUGCACCGGCAGUCGACCCAAACGCACCGGUCACCCAGGCGGAUCUCGCCGCGAUGGAGCAGCGUUAUCAGGACAUGCUGCAAGCUGCUUUGGCGCCUUUCCUUGCCGCCCAGCAGAACCAGGCCGCCCCUGCUCAGGCCCAGGCCGCCCCUGUUCAGGCUCAGGCCGUCGCUCCUCCAGCCCCUGAGGAAGCUCAACCAGUACCAGUUCAACUGUCGGCCGAGGCGAAACACUUACGGGAUUUCAGGAAGUAUAAUCCCAAGACCUUUGACGGAUCCAUGGACAACCCCACAAAGGCCCAAAUGUGGUUGACGUCCAUAGAGACUAUUUUCCGGUACAUGAAGUGCCCAGAAGACCAGAAGGUGCAGUGUGCAGUCUUCUUCUUGGAGGACAGGGGCACCGCCUGGUGGGAGACCGCUGAGAGAAUGCUGGGGGGCGAUGUCAGCAAAAUAACUUGGGAGCAGUUCAAGGAGAACUUCUAUGCUAAGUUCUUCUCUGCCAAUGUGAAGCACGCCAAGCUGCAAGAGUUCCUAAACUUGGAGCAAGGCGACAUGACGGUGGAGCAGUACGACGCCGAGUUCGAUAUGCUGUCCCGCUUUGCUCCCGAUAUGGUAAGGGAUGAGGCUGCCAGGACGGAGAAAUUCGUUAGAGGACUCAGGCUAGACCUUCAGGGCAUUGUCAGAGCCCUCCGCCCAGCCACGCAUGCUGAUGCACUACGUAUAGCACUGGAUUUGAGCCUGCCUGAGAGAGCCGAUCCGUCUAAGGCUGCCGGCAGAGGGUCAGCCUUGGGACAGAAGAGAAAGGUGGAGACGCAGCCUGACGUAGCACCGCAGCGAACACUGAGGUCAGGAGGUGUCUUCCAGAGACACCGACGGGAGCUUGCAGCAGCCGGGAGGACUCUGAGAGAGCUACCCGCUUGUACUACCUGCGGGAGAGUCCACGGAGGUCGUUGCUUAGCUGGAAGUGGAGUCUGCUUCAGAUGUAGACAACCGGGGCACACUGCUGAUGUGUGUCCUCGGAAACCCUUUGAGACGACACCGCCCCAGCCUUCUGCGUCCCAGCAGGGGAGAGUUUUCGCCACCACCCGGCAGGAGGCCGAGCGAGCUGGCACAGUGGUGACAGGUAGAGGACGGGGCAAGGGCAAGGGCAAGCUGGCGAGCGACCCGAAGUGAGACCGUGGAGGGCCAUAGGGACUACCGCUUCCGCUUAUUCUUAUUUCAGAUUUUCGCAUUUGAAUUUGAGUACUUUUCAUCACUUACCAUCUUUUAUGUAGAUAGGGCCCGAGUAGGAUUUCAGAACGCUUUUACAUUUUUGCAUGACUACCUUGUUUAAAUUUUAUAAAUAAAAUUUCUUAAACCGUA